AUGGAAGAAGAAGAUACUUACUUACCAGAAAACCAUCCAUUACAACAAUACUUUCGAGAAAUUGGAAUUCCGGAUGUUGUCACUUGCGAACUCUCCAAAAGGCCUACUAUUACCACUACUACUACUACUUUUCCGGUGAAAAAGUUUGCUCAGGUCUCAUCGUAUUUAAGACGUAUAAAUCCCUUUGAUUUUACGUUAUAUUUCGGUUUCGAUUUGCCACUUACAAGACAUUUUUUACUUCAGAUAAUUAGCUUAAUCAAGUGCAGUGAUCUAAUCACUGUUGAAAAUAAACCAUUGGUUGAAUACAUAUGCUCGGUGGGAAAUAAAGACCAAAUCGACUCAAGGUGUUGUUUUGCGAUGUUUCUCAUUCUUUGUGGAUUCGGAUUGAGUUACUUUACUCAAAUGAUUUUUAUAUUCUUACUAGUUAUUUCAUGUUUACGGAUGUCCAAUGUACUAUUUCUAAUAGCAUCUAAAUAUCAUCUUGCAGACUCAUUGAAGCAAAUGAAAAAAUUCUCUCACAGAUCUCAUUUUAUCGUUCUUUUCUUACAAGAUCUCAAUACCCGUCGUUAUUUUGGUCCCAAAAUCGUAGAUAAAAAUACAUUUAAACUUUUCCCACUAAUAUAUCAUCAGGCAUACAACUUUAUGCACGCUUACCUUAUAGAAUUGAUUAAGUUUUCUAUAAAAUUGGGAAACUUAAUUGAUGAAAAUAAUUCUGAAAUACCAUUGGAGAUGUCAACCUUAGAACUGAUUCAAUUAAAAUGUGAUAUAGAAGAAAAACCUAAAGACCCAAGCAUUGAAAAUUUAAAAAUGUUUUGUGAACUAUUAAAACUGUUAACAUCUGAUCUCUUGGUCAAAUUGUCAUUCUCGUUUUGCCAAUCAAGACGGGAUACUUUUAAUCUAUUACGAUUGAUUAUGUCGGUAUGGAAAUGGGACUACUUUUUGACUAAAAUAAAAAAUGAAUUCAUUAAACUAAAUGAAUUGCAUUCAAUGAUUUUAAAUGGCAAGCUCAUAUAUAAUAAUGGUCGAACUGCAAAAGAAUGUGCAUCUGAAGAAAAUGAAGUCAAAAAUCUCUAUAAACGAACAGAGUCUCGAAUAACUCACGAAUUAUUGUUGCAUCUUCUUGUUUCAUUAGAACACGCCAACAACUUGAAGUCCUAUGUUGAACAAAAUUGUAAUACAUCAUUUGUUUCGAAUGAAACCUUUUCCAAUUUCGUUAAUCUUAUACGUUGUCAGUUGAAUGCAUCCAUGAUCUUUUUGAAUGAAUUGGAUAAUGCUCAAACUGCAAACAAUGUUGAUAUUUCAAAAGAAAAUAUAGAAGCAACUACUGUUGACUUCCUAUAUUGCCGAGAUGGGAUUUCAUCUAGUAAAAAUGUUCUGAAAGCUGUGGAUCCAAUUGUAGAGGAUGAUGUAAUAGAAGAUAUAGCUGUUGGAGACUCUUCUAGUCGUGAAUCUGAAGCGGAGUACGAAAAUGUUGAUUGCGUGGAUUCGCUAAAGAACCCACCAUCGGGUAUGCAUGUUACUGUACUGAAAGAACUUAAAAAUGUAAUAUCCCACCGUCGAGUGAUUAUGCAGGAGCGUGAGGAAUGUGCUUUAAAACGACGAUUGCAAAUAGAGUGUCUUGAUGAUGAAAAACCGAGUCCAUCCACUGACAGGGUCAAUCUAAGUUCUGAAAAGGAACUUCAAACUCAGUUUCUGUUAUCCAAUUCACUUGAUACGAAUGAAAGCAACUGUGCUUCUAUGGAUGGUAAACUACUAGAAUUUUUCCCAACUCCUGUGUGUAAUUCAUCAUGCGAAUAUUUCAAAAAGUCCCGUACUGGACGUCGAAAUUUAAAAUGUAAUGUUUUAAAAAGAAAUUCAAUCUUUCUUCAGCUGUCAUCUACUAAUGUACAUGAAAAUUAUAAAAGUUCAAAUUGUUCUGACCCAGUUGUAUUGAAAAAUGUUUCACAGUCAGAAAACCCACCAGAUAAUAAGUUUCUACAGUGUUCUGCACUAGCGAAUGCUUUAAUGAAUCAACGUAAAUUGUUGGGGUUAGCAACAGAGGAUUAUUUUAUCGGAACUGGUUCAGGUGAAAUGUGUGUUGAAAUGUCAAAAGAGAAUCAUACAGUCAUUUCAUCAUAA